AUGGAGAAGCCUCCUCCUCCUCCUUGUCGUCCUCAUCCUCCAGCCACUGCCACCAAUGUCGACGACGACGACGACGACUAUGUCGUCCACCUGUCACUGAAGCUAGGCCCCAGCUCGCCGCCACGCCGCUCCUCUCCUCGUCCUGCCGUCGUCGUUUCAGACGGUGCCGCCGCUGGUAAUGCCGGCAGCGGCAGCGGCGCCGGCGCGAGGCUCUUCCCGUGCCUCUUCUGCAGCAAGAAGUUCGUCACGUCGCAGGCGCUCAGGGGCCAUCAGAACGCGCAUCGGAAGGAGAGGAGGAGCGUGGGGCGGAACGAUGGUGGUGCCCAGCGGCGGCAUCAUCUCUACUACGACGACAUCCAGGAGGCCACGCCGGCGACGACCUCCAUUACCACGGGCAUGCUACGGCUGCCGCCGCCGGCGGCCUGGGUGGCCACCCCGGUCUCGCACUCAUGCACGCCGCCACCGCACGGCGGACACCCUCGUCGAGGCCACCACAUGGACGGCGACGGCGACGACCUGGCAGUAGUAGCAUUUGGAGCGGCGCCUCAUCAUCGUUGCACAGCCGUCGAUGACGACCACAAAGACAGCCAUGGCGAUGAGAAGCAAAUAGCGCAGGUUGUUGAUCUCGAUUUGAAGCUCUAG